AUGAGUACCGUCAUCGCCAUGGCACCGUCGCCCGCACCUCACGACCGAUCAUCGUACGCUGAUAUGGUCCCUCAUGGUCCAUCGUCCAAAUCCCCGCCCGCGCAGCGAACAUCUGCUUCGGCAACCCCGAACCAUAAUGCACAACGAACAGGGAGCGGGAGUCCCAAAACGACACCUGCAUCCAAAACCUCACCUAAUGCAUCGAGAAAUGGUGUUCCACCAAAAAUAAUCGUAAAAAAAGAGCCGCUGUCUUCGCCAGAUUUGCCCACCUCGCGACAUCGCCCACGCAAGCUUGACCUCACCAAGAAUACAUCCAGCGUGAACCCGGCCACCUCGAGGCCGACGCCAGGUCAAUUGACGAGCAGAGGAGCAGAUACUGGAGGACUCGGAAUCCAAGACGUGGGACUGGCUUGUUUAUCUCCAGGAUUCGUAACACAGGAUCCAACCAUGAGAGAGCAGCUGCAGCGGAGUAUAUCGGUCCGAGAACAGCAGAGACAGCUCAUCGAGUCGAGGUUACAGCAAACAGCGAAGCCAGGUGAUGCACCCACAGAAAGUGCCAAAGAGAGAGAAUUUGGUGUCUUCGGAGCGAAAACGCCGGGUACAUCGAGAAGAAAGGCUCCGCCAGGGUUGAGCAUUGUAGCACCAUCACACGAGCAAUUCGCUCACGAACGAGUAAUUCAAUCCGCACCACUCAACCAAAGUUUCACAGGAAGACAUCAACCUCAUCCUCUGACUCGUCACAUUGCAAAUCAACCAUCCAAUUUAUCCAAUACUUCACAUAUUCACCACGUUCCUGCCCAACAGACUGCAAAUCGGCUGCCACCUAUUACAGAUGUGUUCGCAGAGAAUGGACUCGGUGCACACCGAGGGGGUGAGCCUACUGGGCCUGGACGAACAUCUGUUUCACAAUUGAACAAUACAACAUCGGCAGCCAAUUCGUCCCAUUCGAAUUCAAGGCCUGCCUUUCCUUCCCCAGGCCAUAGUCAACCACAGCCACCGCAUACGGCAACCCAUACUGGGCGACCAAGAGAGUAUCGCUCAGCAGAGGAAGCACAAGUAGAGCUCGCUGGCGGUCGCCCGGAAUUAUUGCCAAAGCUUGUCCAUUAUGGAGGUCAUCAACCGCCAACACCCCCAUCCCCUCUUACCGGUAAUCCAAUGCGGCACUCAGAGAGAAGUGGUGGCGGCCGACGACGUCAAAGAGCAGAGUACGAAGAAGGGGGCAGCCCACCUUUGGGCAAUGGUCCAGCAACGUCACGGAGAGGGCCAUUUGGCGAAGGCCGUGACAGUCCUAGCACCCAGCAAAAGAAAAAGCAGGAAUUUAUGCAAUUGUGUGAUCGAGCUUGGGAUCUCUUCCAUUCCUAA